AUGUGGAACCAGACCAUCGACAAGUUUAUGCUGGACUUGAAGUUUCGAAAAUGCAAAACUGACCACUGCAUCUACGUCAAGCGACAUCAUCAAGACAUGAUCUUCGUGGCGCUGUACGCUGACGAUUUAGUCAUCGCAAGUAACAACUUCGAGCUGAUACAAUCAACUAAGCAGGCGCUAAGUGAACGCUUCGACAUGACUGACCUGGGUGACCUCAAGUACUUCCUCGGGAUGGAAAUUGAUCAAGACCUCUCAGCCGGCACGAUUUCAGUCCGUCAGUCCAAAUUUGCAAAAGAUAUUCUUGAGAAGUUUGGCAUGGAAAACAGCAAUCCUGUCAAGACUCCACAAGAACCUGGACUCAAGUUGACAAGGUCAAUGUGUGCAGAUGGGUGCAAGCAUGCGGAAACAAUGGCAAAUGUGCCAUACCGCAACGCCAUCGGCUAUUUGAUGUAUCUCAUGGUGGGGACCCGCCCGGAUAUCGCAGUUGCAGUGGGAGUUCUCAGUCAGUUCGCGGCAGAACCUUGUCCAAACCAUUGGCAAGCGCUUAAGCGGGUGUUCCGUUAUAUUCAAGGCACAAGGACGUAUGGAAUUAAAUUCCAAGCAACCAGUGAUGACAAGCUGCAAGGCUACUCGGACGCGGACUGGGCUGGAGAUGUCGAGGCUAGACGAAUCACAAGCGGGUACGCCUUUGUGAUGAACAACGGAUGCAUUAGCUGGAGAAGCAAGAAACAGAGCACCGUGGCUCUAUCGUCUACAGAAGCCGAGUACAUGGCUUUGACUGAAGCUGCACAAGAAGCAAUUUGGCUUAAGGCAUUCUUACAUGAACUCGGCGAGAUGAAUAGCGACGAAGCAGUCAAGAUCUACGAAGACAAUCAAGGUUCCAUCGCUUUGGCCAAGAACCCCGAGUUUCACAAGCGGACCAAGCACAUCGACAUUCGUUAUCACUUUGUGCGUGAAAAGGUGGCAGAAGGAAAAGUGGUCCUGGAAUACUGCUCGACCAAGGACAUGAAGGCUGACCUAAUGACCGAGCCAAUUCCUGCAUCACAGUUCCAGUAUCUUCGAAGUAUGUUGGGCAUCAAGACGCCACGGUCUGCCGAGGCGAGUGGGAGUGUUGCAAAACAAACGCCUCGGCAGGCUGAUUUUGUAAGAUGCACGUAG